AGUGUGGAAAGAAGAAACGGCGCAAUCGAACGUGUAUCAUAGGAAGUCGCAUUAUUGCAUACGGGAAUAUAAUAAUUUUUGAGAACACUAAAAGUUUAUCGAGCGGUAUAAUUAAAUUGUGGUUGUCCAAACAUUGUAUUUUUGGAUGAUAAAAUCGGUUUAAAAAUUAUUAAUGAUUUUUAUAUAAUGAUAUCUAAGUCAAAUAAUACACAAGUGCCAACAGCAGCAAUAAAUAUUUUACAAAACACACAUACAACAACAAAUAUGGCAAGUAAUGGCGGUGCGAACAACCUCACAAAUAAUUCGAAAAUGGGUUCUCGCCGAAUAUUUACACCUCAUUUCAAGCUUCAAGUAUUAGAAUCAUAUCGAAAAGACAGCGAUUGCAAAGGUAAUCAACGGGCAACGGCCAGAAAAUAUAAUAUACAUAGGAGACAAAUUCAAAAAUGGUUACAAUGUGAAUCGAAUUUAAGAUCUUCAGUUGCAAGUAUAAAUCAUAGUGGUUUAAAACAUCAGUUUCAUAACGUUAGUCAACAACAACAUCAGCAAGUGCCGAUUAUGAUCCCAACGAAUAGUAAUAGUCAGUUUGGCUACCAUCAUUUUGAAAGUAAACCUCAGCAACUGCCCUUGGACACAGCUAGACACAGUGUCGCUACAAAUUCUACUACAGUGCCAUCAAUACCAGUUGUGGUUCCAUCAACGAAUGCAUCAACACAAGGGGUCUAUGCAGCGGCGAACUUGGCCGCGGUGGUGGCGGCCGCCGCAGCAGCGGGUGCUAUAGCUAUCGCCAGCACUUCGACUACAAACACAUCGUCACCACUAUGUCAGACUGUAGUAAGUGGCAACACUGCAGGAAUAUCGUCACCAAUUCUUCAUACUCACCACCUUCAGCCUCACCACCACCAUCAUCAUCAUCAUUACGAUACGCCAUACACUCAUGCUUCUUCAAAUAUGUCUAUACCGAUACCCGUUCUAACACAUAUUUCCCCGCAACACCAUCGGCAUUACCCAUACAACUUACCUCCGCAUACCCAUACACUGCUACAACCACAAUCUCGGGUGUCAACAAUACCGUCAUUAAUGUCGUCAACUUGUCUACCUGUGACUGUUUUGUCUUCAACUGACUUGGCUUCUUCAGGUUCGCCACAAACCAACAUAACGGCAGAGGAAGUCCUAUUCGAACGAAGUGAGGCAAUUAAUUCAAUUGAAUUGAGCGAACAUGAAACGAAAAUUGUAGUGGAUAACAUUGAAGACUGCUGUGGCCGCAAAUCUUUAAAUAAAUAUCCUCAAAGUGCAUACAUUGAAAAUGGAAAUCAAAAAGAAUAUGCAUUGCAAAACUAUAACGCGACACAAGAAUCAUCAAACACACCGUGCCUAACUGUUACGCCAAUCGAUCUAUCUAUUGGCUCUCGACGUGAGAAUGCUGAGAACAUAAAUUGUAGUUUAAGACAUUUACCAAGUACUGAUGAUGUGGCUGAAAAUAAAAACGAGAAUGUGGUCGAUUUGACUUUUAGGAAGCGGAAGGUUAUUUCGAGGAAUGAUCAACCAAACAAACACAUGAGAAAUUCGGAAAAUAAUUCUUCCACUUUAUUAACAAAAGUUAAAGAACCUAAUGAAAGUGAUGAUGAUGAUGAUGACAUCGAAGUUGAAAUGGAAAUUAAGUCACCUCCUCCGAAACCAGUAAAAUUAUUUAAACCAUAUCUCCUUGACGAAAAAGAUGAGAAAUUUGAUGAAAAUGAGGAAAUUUCAGAAAAAAAAGUUUCCGAUGAAAACGAGAGUUGUAUAUCUACACUAUAUAAAAUAGAGAGUGAUGGAAAACCAAUUAAUUUUAAUCUGUCAAAUAUUCCCGAUCAUAAUUUUCAAGUAGAGAGUACGUACUUUCAAAGAUGCAAGCCGUUAAAUCUUCCAAGUGCCUUUCAUAAGACUGCAAUGUCAGCUACAUCUCCAGUGAUUCCAUGUGCCGAAGGAUCUCCUGUUUCAGGAUAUGAGAGUUCAUCUUCAACAUAUAGUGAAUCAUCAUAUAAAGAGGAGUAUUACAGAAUAAAUGAAGAAAGAACCUGUAAUAUUGAUCUGCAAGUACAUGCAGUCUGUGAGAAUUUGACAUGCCAAGAGAAUUGCGUUCGAAAAUGGUUAAAUCAAGACACAAACUCAAACCCACCGGCAACUAAUGCUUCCAUUGUUUUGUAUGCCUAAGUUUUUUUAGAUUGUAAUUUGUAAUCAUUUACAUACAUUAUUUUGUGUAUACACAUAUGCAGCAAAUUUUAAGUAAUGAUUAUUUAAAUUAAAAAAAAAAAAACGGAAAAUCAAAAAAUCUUUAGAGAGAUUUAUAGAAGGCUGUAUAUUGUAUUUAAAAAUUAUGGCAAUAACUGUAAACAUAUAUAUAAUUAUAUAUUUAUCUUUAUAAUCCAAGUGGAUAAAAUUUAUUAGUAUCUACGGAUGUAAAUAAACACCCAAAUGGGUAGUUUUCGGUAGUUGUAAGCAAAAUGUAAAACCGUGACAUUUAAAAUGCAAUAAUUUUGAGAGUUAAUGUUUCAACAUAUCAAUAUUAAAUGAAAUAAAAUUAUUUAGGAUAUAAGUAUAUUUUUAUUUACAUACACAGGAUAUGUAUCACCGGUUUUAAAAUGUCAAUUAAAAAGUGGCUUAAGAAUUAAAGCUUUAAAUCAAAUCGAAAAUCUACAAGGAAAUUUAUGCAUGUCAUAUGUACUCAUAUAAGAUUUGUAAUUUUUUGAAAA